AUGGACAGUUCCAUAAGGCUGCAGCUAUGGCGUGUAUCAUCAAAGCAGAAAGCCAGGUUUCUACGUAACUCAGUAUCAGUCGCUGUCCGAAAGGUCCAGUACGCCUGUCCUGGCUCCGGCAACCGCCAACCCCAGACCCUGGUCAGCAAGGGCUUCACUCUUUCCCCAGGAAGGCUCAACCUUGAGGUCACUCUGCCUCGCGACGUCUACUUCCACGGACAGCCCAUCGAGGCACAGCUUUCCGUCAACAAUGUGUCCAAGAAGACCGUGAAGAACAUCAAGGCUGAGGUUGUGCAGCACGUGGAGGUCACCAUGACCAACACUCAUUUCAGCCGAGUCGUGGCUUCACUCGAGUCUCGCGAAGGAUGUCCCAUCACCCCAGGAUGCAACCUCACCAGGACCUUCUCCCUCAACCCUGUUGCCUCCGUCAACAAGCGCCGCUUCGGCAUCGCCCUUGACGGCCAAAUCAAGGACCAGGACGCCAACCUGGCAUCCUCUACCUUGGUGGCAGAAGGCAAGAACGUCAACGACGCUUUGGGCAUCGUCGUGUCGUACUCUGUCCGCGUGAAGCUGAGCUGCGGCGCCAUUGCCGGCGACCUGACUGCCGACCUUCCCUUCAAGCUGGUGCACCCCGAUCCUGCCUCUGUCAAGGCACUACUGCGCAAGACUCAGUCUGCCGAUAUCGAAGUCGAGGAAUUUUCUCAGCUUCGCCGUGGUCAGUCCAUUGCUGAGGACUAA